AUGAGUGGCAUCAAAACUUUCAAUGAGCCAGUAACAGCAAGAAGAUUGACUCGUCUUCGAUUUCUCGAACAAGAAAGCGACCAUUUGCGAACUAUUAAGAGCGAUCUUGAGUAUUGCUUGAUAAAUUCAAAGCAAGUCCUCAAUGAAGUUUUGUCUACUAACAUUUUAUCAUCUAGGCAGCAUCUAGACCGAUCAGCUGAUACUGAGGUUUCUUCACAUGUGUCGUUGGGGCAGUUCGAAGCAACUGUUGCAAAAAAUAUUGAGCUGUAUACACUGCUAGGGAAAUAUAGACAAGAAAGAAACAUAACUUUAGGUAAAGCAUUGAUAUCAGAACAAAUAUGUGAAGAAUCAGUCAGAAAAGAAAACGAAUUCAUGAAUGAAAUGGACGAUCAAAUUAAUGAUCUGAAAUAUCUACUAGACAAAAAGGAUAAUAGAAUAAAGACACUUAAUACCCAACUAAAAGCUUUACUCCUUCUCAUUAGGUGGAGAAAGAAGCAAAUUAAUUUAAACAUAUAUAUUUUAAGAAAGAAAAAUUCUAUGUUUCAAUGUAAAAGUCUCAUGAUUAAAAUCAUAAAAUGAAAAAAAUUCUUGCUCUUAAAAGAGAGGAGUUAGAAGAAAAAUUUUCCGAGAUUAAAAAUGAAAAUGCUGUAAUCUUGCCCUUGAGCGAAAGUUCUUUAGGCUACCACAGACAAAUAGAAAAAAUAAAGUUUAACUUAUCUCAUGUUUCCAAACAAAUGCAAAAAGCUGAAAUGCAAAGAGAAGAAUUAAUUGAGAACUCAAAGAAAUUAGAAACAAUGCUGGAAAAGUAUAAGCUACUAAUAAAAAAUCCAUUGGUAAGGAUCAGAAGGUCAGGGAACUACAAUGCAGAGAUGUCGUAUGAUGCUGGGUUUUAUAAUAACUCAGACUCAUCAAAUAGCUCAGAAGAGGUAACUUUUCCAGAUAAAUUUCAAAUUGAAAGCAAGCAUAAGCCGGAGCUUCCUAAGCUUGAUUUUAGCAAAAUCUCUAAAAAGGCUCUAACAGAAGCACAGUCACCUGCAGAUCUUUCUCAAAAUAAAAUUAAAUCAAAAAUAAAAGAUUUAGAAGAUGCUUGCAAAGAUAAAACGGAAUAUUUAAGUACAUUAAGGCAAAAAGUUCUGGAGCAAAGACAAAAAAACCAAAAAAUAAUUGAUUCUCUCUCCAAAAAACAAGAAUUUAAGAUACUGUCAAAUGCUGAGUCCAACUUCGAAGAAAAGAAAAGUAAGCGAAAAAGGCCAAUGAGUGACGCUCUUGACUAUAUAAUUGACCCAGCCAAUGAAGAGACUAAGCAUGUUAGUGCAAAAGAAGAGCCAUAUGAAGAGCUUUUCCAAACUGAUAACUAUGAACAAGAAAAAAGCGAUUCUGAAGUUCUUGACAGCUUCAAUGGGAGUGAAGUUGAAAAAUAUGAAGAAGACAUCGAAGAACCAGACAGCAUUCUUGCUGAUUACAUGAAUGAUAUUAUACGCUAA